CCCCCAAGCUUGUCCUCCCCCCCACCCAUGCUCCCAGGCGCCCUUCCCCCUGCCCCUCCCGCGCGGCCCCCUCCCCCGCCUGCUCUGUGCGGGUGCAGCUGACAGUGGUGGCAGGCGCACACCCAAUGGCGCAGCACUGAGGCGAGGGGGGAACCAGAAGAAGACGGUGGACGGGAAGAGGGGGGGGAGGGGUAAAAGGACGAUUGAGAAAGAAGUAUCAGGGGACAGAGGGAGGAAAGAACAAAAACUCCCUUUCAUCCGCUCAGGAAGGCGGUGGUUGCCUGCCUGCCCCUACUAUGCCUCCAACGAACCCAGAACAUCCUCCUCUUUCGUCCCAAGCUCACAUCCCCCCACUCACCCACCUGCGGUCCUGAGGCACAGACGACGUGAACACGAACUCCCUGCCCGCCUCCGAUGCUAUCCGCCCUCCCCCCACGCCCACGCCACCACCCCUGCCCGCCCCUGCUCCCUCCACCCCUGCCGCUCCUCCUGCUGGGCGCGGCACCCCCAUGUGUGGCUCUUCCCCUCCUGAAGCUGCACGAGCAGGCAGGGCGGCAGCAGCGGAGGAGGAUCCAGGGAUAGGAGAGGGAAGGCUGGAAGCAGCGCCAGCAGACGUGCCAGCAGCAGCAGUGGCCGAGGCAGCGACGAAGGCGGUGGCAGCAGCGGAGCGCGCGGAGUCGAUCUGGCGGCGCAUGGCAGCGCCUGCUCGAACUUGUGGCGAUUCUCAGCCACCAGCUGCUCGCGCAUCUGCACACGUGCAGUAGGGCGGACGGACGAGGGACGAGGGACAGGUCGGGAUACAGCGUGGCAUGCAGCACGUGGAGAGCAGGGAGUGGAAACUGAGGCCAGCACUGCACGAG